AUGGUCUUGGAACUUCAGAUCAAAGCUGGGCAGUCAGGAAAAGGAAACAGAGAUGCAGUACUGGACAGUGAGGUGGUCCUGACGAAAAUGAAACUCUUCAGCAACUUCAGUGAGAGGCUCCUGUUACCUGACAACUCCACCAUUUCCACAAUCACAUUUUUUGAGCAGGGCAUCUCGGAGCCCACUAAAGCCUCAGAGGUCAAUUUACCCCUUGAUGAGUCUGGACAGCCGCAAAUGGAGCCUGGCUCAGACUACUUUUCUGCAAUUUUCUCUGACUCUCAGUUGCCAAGGUUAUACAAGUUUGAGUCAGAGGACUCUGGAGUGGAGCUGCGCAGUGGAGCAAACUCUCCAUCCACUCCAACGUGCUCUGAGCAAAGCUUUGUGGUCCACAGUCGAGAGUCCUCUUGUGAUUCAAGCAACUUGAACUCCAGCCCUACAACCCUCACUGAUGAACUAGUCACAUCUGUACAGAACUCUGACAUUAAGCUGACUAAUGUGGAUAAUAAUGUGACUACAGCAAUGAAUACUCAGAACAAUGUGUUCAUACACUCAGAGGAAGUCCGUUCUUCAGCUCUCAGAGCAGAACUGCACACAGGUGAGGAAGUGGACAUGGACCACUGCAGAGCUUCAGAAAUCCACCCUGAAGCAGAUAACAAGAUGUCUGCACAGCCUGAGGAGAUCGAAACUGUAAAUGACAGGCCUUACUCAGAACAUAUGAAUCAAUAUGGGAAUCAGUCCUCAACAGGAACCUGUGAUGAUAUCACCAUCAAUGACUUUGAACCAAAGCCUAUGUUAAGGAGUGUCACCAGUAACAGCUUGGAGGAAUACAUGGAUGAAUGCUGCAGACUUAGUGAGGCACAGCAGGCAAGUUCCAGCCCUCUGGUUUCAGGCCUGGGAUACCUGGAGCACAUCUGCCACCUCAUCGAGAAGAUCGGCCAGCUGCAGGAGACCAACCUCCUGCUGCAGAUGGAGAUUUGCAGCUUGCAGAAGAAUGGUAGGAAGACAAAGACCAAAGAGGCUUUUUUCCAGCAGCACUGCAGUUGUGGUGCAGCCAGUCUAGCUUUCCAGGACAUUCAGAAGAUAAAUGCCAGAAGUGAGUUUAUGUCACCCAGUGGAACCCUGUCUGACGUGUCCACUAUCCCUGAGGUCACUCGGCAUCCACUCAUAUCAACCAGGAGAGGAAUGAGCAAUGAGGGUGUGACACCCAUCCCACUGUGGAAGAGAGGCCUGAACCGAAGGAGUUACAGAGAGAGGGAGGUCUGCUUCCUCUGGGACAGCACCGAAGGGCUCUCCAUCCCCCAGCGCAGGCUGAGUGAAAACUACACAUGGGGGCGCAUUAAAGAUCUAGUGAAUAAAACCAAGUUGAGGAACCAGACUAGACUGGCAUUGACCUCCACCUCACUGAAGAUGUCCUGCCCACAGCUCUACAUGCCUGAUCUGGGACCAGUAGAGCCUGCUGGCAGAAACAGGAACUCCAUGAUUGCCUUAGGCCGCCAGAGCAAAUUGGACUUUUCUUAACAACAGUAAAGAUCUAGAGUUCAUCAUGAAAGUGAAGAGACAGCCCCUUUGUGUCCUCCUCAGAUCAGGCCAAGAUAAGGGAGAAGACACCAUGAAGAAACACACGCGAUCCAAAACUGGAGAAGAAACAGGGAAGAAGA